UUAAAAGCACCGUUCAGAACGUCAGGAUCAUUGUCAAACACAGACAUCACAUAGUCCAUCCCACUUGAGUGACCAAAGGAAAUCCAGGUCAAAAAUGUCCGACAUAACGCUUUCCGAGGCCAAACGGGAAAUAGCAGAAUCAUUGACAUUAAAUACCUUUUGUAUGAGGCGCAUUGGUCUGUCUUUUGAGGAGCCAAAGAAUGCGUCGUCAUAUUUCGCGCAGAAGUUUAUGUUGGUAUUGUCAGUGAUGAGCAUUUGCUAUCACGUUUUCAGCGAGAUUGUGUACAUCGGUCUAACGUUAUCCAACUCGCCCAACGUAGAAGAUGUUGUGCCGUUAUUUCAUACUUUUGGUUAUGGUGCUCUUAGCAUCGCAAAAGUAUUCGCGCUAUGGUACAAAAAGGACGUGUUCAAGCAACUGAUAAGUGAACUAGCAGGAAUCUGGCCUAUGUCUCCCCUCGAUGACGAUGCUACGGUCAUUAAAGCAAAAAGUCUCACUGCGCUACGUAUUGCACAUCAAUGGUACUUUGUAAUAAACGUGUUAGGAGUCUGGUUCUACAAUCUGACUCCAAUCAUCGUGUACGCAUACCGCGUUUGGCAAGGACAAGACGUGGAAAUGGGCUACGUUUGGGUCUCAUGGUACCCUUUCGAUAAACAUCAGCCGGUUGCGCAUGUCGCCGUUUACAUCUUCGAAAUAUUUGCCGGACAAACCUGCGUCUGGAUCAUGGUAGGCACUGACCUGCUGUUCUCUGGCAUGGCGAGCCACAUAGGCCUCCUUCUGCGGCUGCUACAGCGCCGCUUGGAAACGCUAGCAACUAUGGAACAGACUGAAGAAGAUAACUAUAGAGACAUUUUAGCGAGUAUUAAGCUCCAUCAACGACUCAUCAGAUACUGCAACGAUUUGGAAGUUGCAUUCUCUUUCUCGAAUCUGGUCAACAUUAUUCUUAGCUCCGUCAACAUUUGCUGCGUCGUAUUCACCAUUGUCUUGCUGGAACCGUUUUUAGACAUCAGCAACAAGCUUUUUUUAGGGUCAGCGUUGAUUCAAAUUGGAAUGUUGUGUUGGUACGCGGACGACAUCCUGCACGCGAGCACAAAAACCAAUCGCAUUUACAGCGAUGGGUUUCACGGAUAUAUCUUUAGUGACCUAUUCAUCGAUCCUGACGAGAUCUUAUUCCUACUUUGCACUUCUUUACACUAUGUACAACGACAAAUAAAAAUACACAUAGCGUACAACGAUGAAAUAUACUUUCAUCAUUUUAGCUUUGAAAUAAUAUUAAGUAGGUAUUAUUGGUAUCAUUCAUAUACCUACCUUAAGCUUAGCUCGUAGAAGACAUAGGUUAUAGGUACUCUAGUUAUUGUAUUGGUCGACUACUUGUUGUGAUUUACUCGUAUAGUUAUUUUAGAAAUGUAUUUUUAAAAAAUAUUUAUGAAUAAAAACUAAUUUUAGAUUAUACUAGUUGUUACUCAUUAAAGAAACCUUACACCUGAAAUCGUCUGAAAUCUAAAGGAUAGGUCAUGCUAGGAAAUGGCUGAAACUAUGGUUUUUAUAAACAACGAAUAAUUAGGUUAUAGGUACUCUUAGUUAUUG